AUGCACACAUACACACACAUGCACACAUACACACACACAUACACACAUACACAUAUACACACACACAUACACACACAUACACACACAUAUACACACACAUACACAACAUACAUACACAUAUACAUCAUACACAUACACACAUACACAUAUACACACACAUACACAUAUACACAGACACACACAUAUACAUACACAGACACACACAUACACAUAUACACACAGACACACAUACACACACACACACACACACACACUUUGCUAAAACAUUUGAAAGUGAAUUCCAAACCCUGGCUCGGCCCCUCAUCCCACUUCGAAGCAGUGCUCUGGGUUCUCACCAGCUGCAGGAACACUCACUCCUAA